AUGGGCUACCCAGAGGUAGAACACAGGGAACUGCCGCGCGAGCAGGGAAGCCAAGGCUGCGGCUGUCGCGGGGCCCCUGCCCGGGCAGGCGAAGGGAACAGCUGCCGGCUCUUCCUGGGGUUUUUUGGUUUCUCGCUGGCCCUCCACCUGCUGACGCUGUGCUGCUACCUAGAGUUGCGCUCUGAGUUGCGGCGGGAACGGGGAGCCGAGUCCAGCCUUGGCGGCCCCCGCACUGUUGGCACCUCUGGCACUCUGAGCAGCCCCAGUGGCCUCGACUCUGAAGUUCCCAUCACUCACCACCUUGGGAAGCCUUCUUUUCAGCAGCAGCCUGUGGAACCUGGAGAACCCACACUCCCCCUCGACACUCAGGACGGGCACCAGAUGACACUACUGAACUUCUUCUUCCCUGAAGAAAAGUCAUAUACAGAAGAGGAAAGUAGGAGUGUUCACCGCAAUAAAAGAAGCAAAAGCAGUGAAGGAACAGAUGGUCCAGUUAAAAACAAGAAAAAGGGAAAGAAGACAGGACCUCCUGGUCCCAAUGGCCCUCCAGGACCUCCAGGACCUCCGGGACCUCAGGGACCCCCGGGAAUUCCAGGGAUCCCUGGAAUUCCAGGAACAACUGUUAUGGGACCACCUGGUCCUCCUGGUCCCCCUGGUCCUCAAGGACCCCCUGGACUCCAGGGACCUUCUGGUGCUGCGGAUAAAGCUGGAACACGGGAAAACCAGCCAGCUGUGGUGCAUCUACAGGGCCAAGGGUCAGCAAUCCAAGUCAAGAAUGGUGGAGUGCUCAAUGACUGGUCUCGCAUCACUAUGAACCCCAAGGUGUUUAAGCUACAUCCCCGCAGUGGGGAGCUGGAGGUACUGGUGGACGGCACCUACUUCGUCUAUAGUCAGGUAGAAGCUGCACCGGACAUUUGCAAGAAGCUCCAAAAACUAGUGCAGAAACCUGAAGGAGCUAUCCUAGAGGAGAUGGUUACUUGUAAUAAUUCAGCCUUUUACAAUAGGGAGCAGGAAUUGGAGGUUCAGGCCAAGGAGAAAGAGAGAAGGAAGGACAUCUGUCAUUCCCAGGAAAGAGGAUAUCUCACCACUCAAGGAAGCCCCAUUAAGGAUGGGAGCCAGAUCAAGGCACUCUUGGAAGCUGUCCAAAAACCAGCUGAAGUGGCAGUAGUGCACUGCCGAGGGCACCAGAAGGGGGACUCAGAAGUCGCUGUGGGCAACUGA